AUGAUUUCAAUGAAUGUUAAUGAAAUUAGAGCCAGCUUCACAGCGAUCAAAGCAACCAUUCAAGCCAAAGACGCCGUCCGAACCAUAAGCAUUUUGUCAUACCCAUACUCUCUGCACAAUUUCAAUCUCCCACAAGUGAAGGAGCCUCAGGCUAGAUCAGCCUUUGGGAUGGGAGGCUACUCAGAGGUGCUGCAGGAAGGUGUUGGUGCUGAUAAUAUAUCUGCAGAUAGAUGUUGCAUCAUCCAUCACCUUUUAAGAUUCUACGUGGACAAGGUCUUCAAACACUGUGAGACUGAGGAUUCUCAUGUCAACCGGAAAAUCAGCAGCAUAGCCAAUUCUUUCCUCUUCAUCAAGAAGAAAUUCAGACAAUGUAAUGAACAAAAUGUGUGCAAUUGUGGAGAGGAAGCAACAGAGAAAUAUAAACAGAUUCUCAGCAAUUACGGACAGCUGAACACGGCUUCUGCAGCAAUGAAAUCCCUUGGGGAGCUGGAUAUCCUACUAGACUGGAUGGAAAAGGCUCAUUAG